UCGCCCAGGCGCCCAGGCCCGGUGCGCGCGUGCGUGAGCGCGCCUGCGCCCCGGGGCCGCUGCAACGGGAGGAGAGCGGCUGCCUCAGGAGGACCCCUUUCCCCCCAGAAAGUACUCAAUGCUGAAACCUUUCAAAGUGAUAUUCGAGGCACUGGAAACACCAUGGAUGGGUUUUAUGAUCAACAAGUCCCUUUUAUGGUCCCAGGGAAAUCUCGAUCAGAGGAAUGUAGAGGACGGCCUGUGAUUGACAGAAAGAGGAAGUUUUUGGACACGGAUCUGGCCCAUGAUUCUGAAGAGUUGUUUCAGGAUCUCAGUCAACUUCAAGAGGCUUGGUUAGCUGAAGCACAAGUUCCUGAUGAUGAACAGUUUGUCCCAGAUUUCCAGUCUGAUAACUUGGUGCUUCACGCCCCACCUCCAACCAAGAUCAAACGGGAGCUGCAUAGCCCCUCCUCGGAGCUGUCAUCCUGCAGCCACGAGCAGGCUCUCGGUGCUAACUAUGGAGAAAAGUGCCUCUACAGCUAUUGUGCCUAUGAUCGGAAGCCUCCCUCUGGGUUCAAGCCAUUAACUCCUCCCACCACCCCCCUGUCACCUACCCAUCAGAACUCCCUGUUCCCCCCACCCCAGGGAACUCUGCCCACCUCUGCACACGCCCCCGCAGCGGGCCCAGUACCAGGUGUGGGCCCCGCCCCCGCCCCUCACUCGCUUCCUGAACCUGGACCACAGCAGCAAACCUUUGCGGUCCCCCGGCCACCACAUCAGCCCCUGCAGAUGCCAAAGAUGAUGCCUGAAAACCAGUAUCCAUCAGAACAGAGAUUUCAGAGACAACUGUCUGAACCCUGCCACCCCUUCCCUCCUCAAUCAGGAGUUCCUGGAGAUACUCGCCCCAAUUACCACCGGCAAAUGUCAGAACCUAUUGUCCCUGCAGCUCCCCCGCCCCCUCAGGGAUUCAAACAAGAAUACCAUGAUCCACUCUAUGAACAUGGGGUCCCAGGCAUGCCAGGCCCCCCAGCACAUGGGUUCCAGUCACCAAUGGGAAUCAAGCAGGAGCCCCGGGAUUACUGCGUUGAUUCAGAAGUGCCUAACUGCCAGUCGUCCUACAUCAGAGGGGGAUAUUUCUCCAGCAGCCAUGAAGGUUUUUCAUAUGAAAAAGAUCCCCGGUUGUACUUUGACGACACUUGUGUUGUUCCUGAGAGACUGGAAGGCAAAGUCAAACAAGAGCCCACCAUGUAUCGGGAGGGGCCCCCUUACCAGAGGCGAGGUUCUCUUCAGCUGUGGCAGUUCCUGGUUACCCUGCUUGAUGACCCGGCCAAUGCCCACUUCAUUGCCUGGACGGGCCGUGGCAUGGAGUUUAAGCUGAUAGAACCUGAGGAGGUUGCUCGGCGCUGGGGUAUCCAAAAGAACCGGCCAGCCAUGAACUAUGACAAGCUCAGCCGUUCUCUACGCUAUUACUACGAAAAGGGCAUCAUGCAGAAGGUGGCCGGGGAGCGAUAUGUCUACAAAUUUGUCUGUGACCCAGAUGCCCUUUUCUCCAUGGCCUUCCCCGACAACCAGCGUCCGUUCCUGAAAGCAGAGUCUGAGUGUCACCUCAACGAGGAAGAUACCCUGCCGCUGACCCACUUUGAAGACAACCCAGCUUACCUCCUGGACAUGGAUCGCUGCGGCAGCCUCCCCUAUGCCGAGGGCUUUGCUUACUAAGUUUCUGAGUGGCUGAGCGGCCGAACCCUAGAGCUAGCAGUUCCCAUUCAGGCAAACGAGGGCAGUGGUUUUGUGUGUGUUUUUGGCUGUUCCUAAAGCUUGCCCUUUGAGUAUUAUCUGGAGAACCCAAGCUGUCUCUGGAUUGGCACCCUUAACGACAGAUAUCUUGGCUGGGGAGUGGGAACAGGGAAGGGACCGAAAAACCACCAAAAGGCUGGUGCCUCAGCUCUGAUCCUGACAAGGUUUCUGGGAAGAGAUUGCAAAGGAGCCUCCUUCCCACGGACAAUAUCUGCAAAGCAAUACCUUGUUCAGGUUAGUGCCCACAAACCGGGACAGAGUGUGUGACAAUCUGCAUUGGUCAUGGACUACUAAUUGCCUUUACAUCGAAGGGCUCUGAUUUGCACAAUUUAUUGACAAAGAAAUGAAAAACCCAUAGAACGUUCGGCGAAGAAGCUGGGGCAGCUCAUCCCGUGAAGGGUUAAAUGUAGAUCUUAAAAUUCGGAGAGCUCUUCAAGCUCAAGCUGAAAUGUUUCCCCCUGGGUCUAGAAAGAAGGGGGUGAAAGUCAGAACAGCUGUUACCCACUCCGUGGUUCUCAAAUAAUAAACCGUCGCUACUCUUGGGAACCUUCUA